CUAAACAGAUUUUUGACGGUUCUUCCUGGAUAACAAGGGGCGAAGACGACAAACCAGACUAAAGAAAAGCAUUUAAAGACUCGGUUUAUUAGUUUAAUAGUCGCCAGAAAUGUCAGAGUCGACACAGGCUACCUGAAAACAAGUUUUAACUAGUGUUACAGCAAUGGAGGACAGAAGCGGAGCAGCAUCCUCCGUGUUAGAGGUAAAAGCCCAAGAGCAAGACCAGGAAGUUCCACACUCCAACACCACACCUGCUCCUGAUGUUUCACUGACAGAUGAACCUCGGACCAGAGCAGACUUCUUAAGAUAUUACUGUCACCUCACCUUGGACCCAGACACGGCAUACAGAGAGCUGCUUCUGUCUGAGGGGAACAGAAAGGUGGAGCUCACAGAUUUAGUCCAGACGUAUCCUGAACAUCCGGACAGGUUCUCUCACCUCUUCCAGGUGCUGUGUAAAGAGGGUCUGACGGGACGCUGUUACUGGGAGGUGGAGUUUGAAGGGUCUAUAGAGAUAGCGCUGGCGUACAAAGAUCUCGGCAGAUCAGACUAUUAUGCUGAGUGUGCUUUUGGCUGCAACGACAAAUCCUGGAGUUUAGACUUAAACAGAAACAGUAAAUGUUUCAGACACAAUGACGAGGAGACGGCAGUGCCAGAGCCUCAGUCCUCCAGAGUCGGCGUGUACCUCGAUCAUAAGGCAGGUACUCUGACCUACUGCUGCGUCUUGGACACGAGGCUGCAGCUGAUGCACAGAGUGGAAACCACGUUCACGAAGCCGCUCUACCCCGGGCUGUGGGUCGCAGGCACCGCCCAGCUGUGUGACCUGGAGUAGAGGUCCAGACAAAAAGCGUCCACUUCAUCUCAUGCCAGCAAAUGUCGGUCCACAAAUGAUAAAUUACAGCAUUGUCUGUUUGAUGGUUGGUUUGUCAGUAGGAUUACACAAACUGUACACAAUUAAAACUUUGAUAGAUAAAGGGUCUCUGCCCAGAAGAGACCCCAUUGACUUUUUGUUCGGAUCAGAGUAAUAGGAAGAGAUCCAGAGUGAUGGGGCUUUUUUCCCAGACAUUUUUAUUUAUUUCUCAGGGAAUACUGCAUGGAUCUUUCCGUAUUUAGGUGGCUGGUAUCUGUGAGUAAGUUUUAAGUGUAUUCUGUGUAAGAGGUUUCAGACAUGGAGGUAAAAACACCUCAGAUGGUGUAUUGGCACACUCUGUAAACACUCAUUGAGACCUUCCACCUCUGAGUUUGAUGGUGUCAAAGUGCAGUUUCAGUGAUAUAGCACCGUAUUUGUUCUUGCAAACAAGUCUUUUUUGUUAGUUUUUUUUUUUUUUAAUUUAAAUGCAGUUUGUACUGAACAUUAAUCAAAAUCAACUGAAUAUGUUAACAGAAUAUGACAUUUUGGGGAGUUUCCUGGCAGAGUGAGUUAGCUGAGAAGAUUUAUACAGCGCUCAUGUUUCUACUCUGACCACGAAGCUCGGGAGCUUAGAUAGAUUGGAAACAGUUUGUAGACAGAAUCAGCCUACAUGCCAGUCACUGAGCUAAUUAGCUGCUGCUAUAGCUUUAAAAUAAAUAAACAUGAGAGAGGUGACAAUCUACUCAUAUAGCUCCCGGCAGGUCGUGCAUUUCCCAAAAUGUUAAACUAUUCCUUUAGGCUUAUUUGACACAACUGUGGUAACUACUGAACAAUGUAAGACUGCUGGUUUGUAUCUGUUGUAAGAGCGUUAAAAACUACAGUAUGAUGACAUGAACAGACACACUGUACAUAUACACCAACUACAAAUAAUUUAUAUAAAGUUUAUUACGUCAUUUAAUUCACAUCCUCUGUGCAAGUUUUCUAAACAAACACAUCUUUAAUGUAUAUUUUGGCACUUAUUUUGAAAGAAGCACAGUGAUGUAGUAACAGAAAUGAUUCUUGACCCAGGAGCCAUGAUUGACACCCCAAAUGUGAAAUGUCCUGGAAUAACAAGCUUCAGGAAGUGAAUUUCCCUUUGAACACCAUCAUUACUCUGUCAUGUAAAUGUAAACAAUGAUGAUGAUGUUUUGUUGUAGAGCAGCCUGAACCAGCUGAUGAUGUAUGAAUCACACUAUCAAAGAACACAUGUGCAGAUGAGA